CUGUCUCCUGCUCAGCUCAGAAGCGGAAAGAAGAGAACAAACGCAAAAGGAGAUUUGAAAUUUGGAACAGAGGAAUACAGGAGAGAAGCCAAAAUGGGGAACUCAUCUGCUUUUGUCCUCAUCUGUGCAAUCAUGGCCGUUCACAUGGUGCUUACAUCCUCAGCCGUUGAUUUCAGCGGCGACCACCUCCAGUUCCAGCUGGGCUGGAUUCCCGCGAGAUCGGCCUGCCAGGGCUCAAUCGCGGAGUGCCUGGCCGGAGAAGAGUUCGAGAUGGAUUCGGAGAUCAACAGGCGCAUAUUAGCUUCCAAGAGGUACAUAAGCUACGGUGCACUGAGCAGGAACAGUGUGCCGUGCUCACGGCGGGGCGCGUCCUACUACAACUGCAGAGCUGGCGCUCAAGCCAACCCCUACACUCGCGGUUGCAGCGCCAUUACUCGCUGCCGCCGUUAGCUUCUCUCCUCCUACCUUUCUCUAAUUCAAAAUUUACUUUUAUUCAUACAAUUUAAUACGGUCUAUUCUAUUUCCCUACUCGAUCAUGUUUUUCUUUUUCCUUUCUAAAUUAUGUGUGUGAAAUGGAGAAUUGGAGAAUUGUAUGGGAGAGAAAAGUAGAGGAUGUAUAGUAUGAGAGAUCGCCUUUCACUCUUGAAGAACACUAUGUUGUUCAAAUUGAAAAUGUUUCCUGUUAAGAUCAGUAUCUGAAUAAAUAAUCAAAUUCAAAAAAAAAAAAUUAGUAC